GGAAGCUGCUGCUGCUGCAAAACUCCUCUGCAGCUACAUUCUCCCAUCCCCAUGUUUCUUUUCUUCUGCUCAUAGUUCUUCUUCGCCAAUUUCUUAGUCUUUUCUUCCACUGUCCAAAAAGCAUUACUUGUUGUAUUAGUUUCAGUGCUCAUCGUCCUCAUAAGUAACAUCAGAAGACCCCUGCUCAUUUUAUUAUUCUUUCUUACUUCUUCAUCUUAAUUAUUCUCUUUGUCUCUCUGGUUAGAUCUAACCAGCUAGAGAUGCUUAGCUCAUCUUCGUUUAGUACUGAUGGUAAUAACAACUCUCACGAAGAUAAAAAAGACCAAGACCGCCACCGAACACUAGAUCACCGCCACCACGGUGGUGGACACCACUUAUCUCCUGCCUCCUACCAGCUGCCGCAGUAUGACCACCAUGAGUUAAUACCCCAUCAGCUACAGCCAACAGUGUCAAGUCAUCUCCGUUAUGAAGAUCAAAAUCAUCAUCAGAUGAGAAAAUUGUUAAUAAGUUGUGCGGAACUGGUUUCUCAAUCUGAUUUCUCAGCUGCUCACCGCCUUGUGUCUCUCCUCUCCACUUCAUCUACUCCUUUUGGUGACUCUACAGAAAGGUUGGUUCACCAAUUCUCUAAAGCUUUAUCCUUGAGGAUCAAUCGCCACCAUAACAACACCAACACUGCUACUGCUACUGCCAACUUCAUCAGAUCAAACUUGCUCACCGACUCGGAUCAUCAUCAUCAUCAUCAAUACUACUCUGCUCCGAUUGUAGCUGGUGCUUCAGCAUCAGCAGCAUCAAGAACUACUAGUACUAUUGCCAUGGUAAACUUGAUUAAUAAUCCAUCUGUCUCUACAUCUGCUUCUGAUGCUGUUGAUCUUGGAAAUCAUCAGAUACAUGAGCUGCACAAUGAUGAGGUGGUGGAUAUUGAUCAUGAUAUUAACAAUGAUAAUCACGGUGAUCUUCAAUCAUCUUAUCUCUACCUCAACCAAAUCACACCUUUCAUAAGAUUCAGUCAUCUCACAGCAAACCAGGCCAUAUUAGAAGCCAUUGAAGGCCAAGAAUCGAUUCACAUCCUGGACUUCGACACCAUGCAAGGUGUGCAAUGGCCUCCACUGAUGCAAGCUAUCGCCGAUCGUUAUUAUACUUCAUCGUCAUUAUCAUCAUCCGAUACACCAACAUCAUCCUCAUUGCCACACCCACCAGUACCUCCAAUGAUUAGAAUCACUGGAACGGGACAAGAUAUUGAUACCCUUCGUAAAACUGGAGAUCGCCUUCAGAGAUUUGCUCAGUCCCUUGGUCUUAGGUUUCAAUUCCAUCCCCUAAUCCUCCUUCUCAACGAUCCUUCUUCGGUUGCUCUCCAACUCCCCUCAGCCAUUGCCCUUCUUCCUCAUGAGACUCUCGCCGUAAACUGUGUGCUAUAUCUUCACAAGUUGUUAAGUAGCAGAGAUGAUGAUCAUCAUCAUCAUCCUCAUGAUCAGCAGUACUACAACCAGCAGCAGAACACUACACGUUACUAUUAUUCAUCAUCAUCGUCUAGGCGGGAUGAUGACGACGGUGUGUGUCUCUUCCUUCGUACCAUCAAGUCCAUGAACCCAAAGGUGGUAACUGUGGCAGAGAGAGAAGCUAGCAACAACCACCCGAAUUUCAUGAAGAGGUUCGUGGAGGCCUUGGACCAUUACACGGCCUUGUUCAAUUCAUUAGAAGCAACACUUCCGCCAAAUAGCCAAGAGAGGCUAACGGUGGAGCAGGUUUGGUUUGGGAGGGAGAUUGCUGACAUUGUGUCAGCCGAAGGAGAGGAGAGAAGGGAAAGACACGAAAGGCUGGAGAGUUACUGGGUGGAGAAGUUAACGAGUUCGGGUUUUACUAGGCUGCCGUUGAGCCCUUACGCAUUGUCGCAGGCUAAACUACUCCUCAGGCUGCAUUAUCCUUCGGAGGGAUAUCAGCUUCAGAUUCUGAACGACUCAUUUUUUCUUGGUUGGCAGAAUCAAUCCCUCUUCACGGUCUCUUCCUGGUACUAGCUAGCUACUCCUGAUUGAUUAAUUAUUUCCUAGUUAUUGAGCUUCAUAAUAUCAGCUGGCUUACAUUAUCUAUGAAUCAAGAAGAUUACCAUUACCAUCAUAACUAGCUAUAGCCAAUGAAGAUCGAUCACAUGCAUGAGUAUAGGAGUAGUAUGUACGUAAUAGUAGUGCCCUAGAGAUUAAACUACGUACUUACGACUAAAUGCAUGAAUUUGACGUUUAAUAUAGUGGAAGCUGGCAGUCAAAUGCCCAUUUCGCACAAGACAAAUUAAGCAUAUCAAAGUGAUCUUAUUAAUUUCUAGUUAGCUAGCUCAUGAGAUUUUUUGCAUGCUUGCUAGCUAUGAUAAUAAAGGUAAUGACAGUAUAUGUGCAUGGUGCAUGAUCCAUGAGCUAGCUCUCUUCCUUGUACUUCAUCACCCUGAUCAUGAACACAACUGUGGGAGGGACUUGAUCAAUUGGAGCCCAGCUUGCUUAUUAUAAACUGUACUCUAUGAUUAGAUGAGUAUCUAGCUAAUCCCUCGUGCUCCCUCAGCACUUUGAUAAUGAAUCUUUCCUUUCCAAAAAGAAAGUAUCUAGCUAAUUAAUUAGUUUAUAUAGUGAUUAGCUUAUAAAUAUCCUGAUGUAUGGAUCACUGAAGACGAUUUUCUCUCUCUUUUCAUUUUUUUUAUAUAUUCAAAAUGUGUA